UCAAGUCUUCAACCAUUAAGUUGGAAGUAGAAAUGGACAUGUUGAUGAUUAGAAAUAGAAAAUUUGUUCUUCAUGCAUUGUGUUUUGUGUUGAUCAUCUUUGGAGUGUCUGCAGACGACACCCGUCGAUCGUUGUCUCAGGAAAAACCGGAACGUAGCAAUGCCCCCGCAUUUGCCCGAUGGUUGGUUUCGGAGAACUCUUGGGGGGUUUUGAGCACUAUUGCAGAUGAUAUAGCUGGAGCACCUUUUGGGGAUGUGGUGUCCUAUAGUGAUGGUGAACCCUACCGCGGCACUGGUAUUCCAUAUUUCUACUUAACAACUUUGGAUCCAACUACGCGUUAUGCGUUGAAGGAUCAUAGAUCUUCCUUCACAAUAAGUGAAUAUCCUCUUGGAUCCUGUGGCCAAAUUGACCCGGAAAACCCUACAUGCUCUAAAAUCACACUCACAGGAAAGCUGAAUGAGGUAGAUGCAGAUUCUGAGGAGAGUGGCAUAGCUAAGAAAGCUUUGUUUUCCAAACAUGCUGAGAUGAAAAAUUGGCCGAAGGAUCAUACUUUCAAGGUCUAUUGGCUUGAUAUCGAAGAAAUAUUCUUGAUCGAUUUCUCCAGCGACCCUAAACCUCUCACGGUUGAUCAAUACUUUCUUCCUGGAAAAGAAGGGAGAUGGGAGUAGUAACAACACACGCAAUUCAUAGCGAGUUCAUAUACAAGUUAUUUCACCAUAGUAUGUAACGUGAGAAGCUGUAAAACAUGAUAUAUAUGAUGCAGAAUAAAGUUAAAGAGACCUAUUAUAGUA